AUGUUCAAGUACGCUCUCUUUGAAGCCUUGGUGUUGGCUGCCGUGCUUGUGUCGGCUGUGCCGAUGAGCAAGCCCGGCGUAAAGAGGGCGCCUCGCCCUGCAAAGCGCGCUAGUUGUACAGUUGACUCCGUCGACGCUGCUUCAUCUAUUUCGGACUGUUCUUCGGUCACAAUCUCUGCCUUCACUGUCGCAAGCGGAGCUACCGUUACAUUGGCCGGGGACAUUACUUUCGCGAAGACCUCCACUGAUGGCCCUCUCUUCACAAUUGACGGUUCCGACAUUACUUUCAACGGCGCCGGAUACAAAUUUGACGGAAACGGUGCCGACUACUGGGAUGGCGAAGGCACCAAUGGUGGUGUUGACAAGCCUCAUCCUCUUUUGAAGUUCAAGGGCUCUGGCACGUACUCCGACUUCACAGUGCUGAACACUCCUGCACAAGCUGUUUCAAUCGGUAACAGCGACGGCUUAACCUUCGAUAGCAUUACCGUUGACAACAGUGCUGGAGAUACGAAUGAACUAGGACACAAUACUGAUGGUUUCGAUGUUUCUGCUGAUAAUGUGACUAUCCAAAACUCGGUCGUCAAGAACCAAGAUGAUUGUAUCGCUAUCAACGACGGCAGCAAUAUUCAAUUCUUGAACAACCAAUGCUCUGGCGGUCAUGGUAUUUCCAUCGGUUCAAUCGCGAGCGACAAAUCUGUGUCAGACGUGACGAUUUCCGGCAAUACCGUCACCGACUCCAUGUAUGGAUUCCGGAUCAAAGUCCAAGCUUCCGCAACAAGUGCCUCUGUCUCCGGCAUUACAUACUCUGGCAACACUCUCAGUGGAAUUGACGAGUACGGCGUCUUGAUCACCCAGUCCUACCCUGAUGAUGACGGUACCCCGGGAACUGGAGGACCUAUUUCGGAUGUAAACUUCACAGGAGAUGCCACCACUAUAGCGGUUGGUGACGACGCUGAACGACUUACUGUCGACUGCGGAGCUUGUUCAGGCACGUGGGAUUUCUCUGCGUUGACCAUUACCGGGGGCUCGGAGGGUACAGUCGAUAGUAAUAGUGCUACCAUCUCAGGUGGUUCGUAUUGAUUUGAAUGCCGAUGGAUGGGAGCGGCUACUGGAAAUGGUCUGCCCUAAUGAUUGUAUGUUAGCAAGUACUAGUUAGACAAUCCAAUUUCUCGACGCCGCGCAUCUUACGAGCUUCCAUUCCUGCAAUCUUUUCCGGAUUUAUUUUGUUCACUUCAGUAAAGGCAAUUGUACCCUUGAAUAGAUAGGAUAUACAAUUGAAA